CCCACUGUCCAGGAAGUGUAUGUUACGUUCUGGUUAUGUCUCUCUGCUGUUUAUGAUUUUGCAUGAGGUAUGACAGGCAGUUUCAAAAGAAAAAAAAAAAACACAUUUACUGCAAGAAGAUUCUAACAUAGAUGACCAGAUACGUUAAUUAUGAAUCUGGGAGAUGGCUUGCUAUUUGAGCUCGAAAAUGGAAAGCCCAGGCUGAUUUUUACCAGCCACGGGUUUGAAUCCAAAACUUCAAAUAAAUCUAGCAAGAAUCCCUCAAGAAACAGACCUCCGAAAUUAAUCACUGCCUCAAAGCAAGUGCCUCAAGAGGCUUCACGUGAGAGGCCCCAGAGGACUGAAGGAAUAAGCCCAGGCUCAUAUAAGAAUACUUCAGAUACCACCACUGCGAAUGUGGACAACCAUGCAGUGCUUAAUGGUACAGGGAAGAUAAAAGAUAAAAGGGUGGCUAGAGUGCAAUCAGUAAAGAGGUCUGACACUCACAAGACGAAGACGGCAAAUGAAAUCCAAAAGAAUAAUCCAAAAGAGAGCCUGGUUUGUCUGACACAAGAUCAGCUACAACAGAUCCUAAGCAACAUAAACAAAACGGCCUGUCCAGGGGAACAAGAUGAUACUCAUUCCAAAACACAGAUGGACAAUCCCAGAGAGGAUGGGCUAGCCAUGUCAAGAGAAACUCAUGAGGCACUCAUUUCAGAUGGAAACCUUCGUCAGAAUGGGAGUGCACAGGAAAAAGGGAAAGACAAUAAAAUAGUUUUGAAUGGCACAGUUGCUGGCUUCCUUGGUAAACUGGGAGAGCGGGAACUUGACAAAGAAGCUCUGGAGGCCAGGAGAGCACAGUGGCGGAGAGAGUUAGAUGACCAGUUACUUGAAAAACGUCAGGAGACAGCAAGUGCUGAGGCUACACUACCAGGAGGAACGAGGCAAAUUAAAUCCAGCUCUAGGGAUGCACCAGUCAGGCUGCAGAAAGAGAAGUUGCGUUUAGCCUCUGGUAUGGGAGAUACAGACAGCCAGGGAUCAACCUUCAGCAGCCAAAGGGACCUACCUGCUGCCAUCCGCUCUGCUUUUGUCCUGGGGGAGGCAGCUCCUUCAGAUGCGGCAUUCAGUACAGCAAAGAAGGAACAACAGAGGCUUUGGCUGCAGGAGCUGGAUCAGCAGAGGCAAGAGGUCCAGCAGAGACGCAGGCAGGAGAAACUACUUCACAACCAAGCCGAGGACCAUGACCGCUGGGCAAUGCACUUUGACUCCUUACAUAAGAGUCUUCUGCCUCAGCCCUCAUUUUUGCCUUAUGACAAGGGAGAGGCAGAGCUUUGCAGCUCCCCGUCACGCCACCAUUCUCCAUCAAGAACAUUGUCCAGUGGCUGGGAGGCCGUAAGUGUGUCUGGAAGAGACAGCCAAGGCAGGUCCAGUGUGGACACAACAUCUGGAAACAACCCCCCGAAAGCAAGCUACCUGCGCACUAUGACUGCUCUUUUGGACCCUGCACAGUUAGAGGAGAGAGAGAGGAAGCGUCUGAAGCAGUUAGAGCACCAGCGAGCGAUCAACACUCAGGUGGAGGAGAGGAGGAGGCAGAGAGAGAAGGAAGAGUUAGAACGAAAACAGCAGGAACAAGAGGAGGAAAGAAGAGUCGCAAAGGAGAGAGAAUGUCUUCAACAGCAGUACCUACUUGAUUCCCAGAGAGAGAGAGUCAAAGAGGAGCUGCUCUGCCGUAGGACAGAAGAAAUGUUGCUAAGUGUGCAGCGUGCACAAGAGGAAGCUCAAAAGGACAAGCAGCUGCAACGUAUCCGCGAAUUGGCAAGGAAAGGCCAUGAUGUCUCAAAGCUGCUGGGGAGUCUAGAGAGAGGAUCGGCUGACUCAGUGCAAACCCACAUCACAGAGUCUCAAAGUCCAUCUGAUAGCCUAUCUAAUGCUUUGAGAAUUGAGGAACUCAGCCCAGCCUCUCCCAGACGAGAAACAGGUGUGCAGACAGAUAUGGCUGGUGUAAUCUCAGAUGCCAGAGCCCACUGUGGCUAUCCUGCCCCUAUCAUGGACAUGGCUGUGGAGCACUGUCCAGCUCCUCCAUCCCAGCCCAGGAGAUCUCAAAAAGAGACACAGCUGCAGGAGCAGAGCUCAUGGAAGGAGAACAUGUGGAAUGCCACAGCGGAGCCUCAAGAAGUUAGAGAGAGCAACCUGUAUGAACAGUUUCAACGCACCAGCCACAGGACCAGGCCAGUCAAUGGAAAACGGCCCGAGUGGAACACGCGACAGCCCAGCAGGCCAUUUGUUCCUGCGUCUGAGCGGUACCCACCAGGCCUGCGUCUGCACCGACAGGAGAGCCGCUUGCGCAGGCAGAUGGAGCUGUUGACAUUAGUAGAGAGGAAUGCAUACUCCAGAACCUCAGCUCCAUUACCACAAGAACUUGCAACCAGCACGUCUCUGUACAUGAAGGAAGACAUUUCUGAUCAACCAAAAUCUCACUCCAUGGUGGUCCAUGCUGAGAGUAGGGUGUGCUGUUCCCCCAUCCCAACCUUCGAACUCCACCAACAGCAGCAGCUCCAGGCCCACAGUUCAGCCAAAAAGAGUUCAGAAGGCUCUUGUGAUGCCCCCCCUUCGCCAGACUAUGUCCCCUAUGUACGCACAGAUGAGGUCUACCAGCUAGACCCCUUGGCUAUGCCACAGACACAAGAACCUCAGAGGAAACAGCAAACAGUUGUGGCUAGCAGUAGACAAAGUACACCUGUUGCUGUUCGAGACCCCCUGCUGCAUCCAGAGCUGCUCAAGAACCGCGAGAGGCAGCAAGCCAUCCUCAAGGGCCUUUCUGAACUCCGACAGGGUCUGCUGCAGAAGCAAAGGGAAUUGGAGACCGGUCUGAAUCCUCUACUGCAGGGUCAAGGACCAAACAUGGCGGCCCACUUCUAGCACAGGCUCAUCGGCUACUUAGGAGUUCUAUUUUCUAAAAUCCGUCAACAAGCACUUUAAACAGGACAAAAUCAUGGAAGCGUUUACUGUACUUGCAUUUGCACUUUUUACCCUCAACCUGUGGUCAUAAGGCUGCUGUAAAUGCUACUGAAUUUAUAUUUUGUAAUUUGUAUGAAUGUGUAUAUUUUUGUGGCACUUGUGGUAUCAGUAACAAUUAUUGUAGACCAUCAAUGAACAUGAAACCAUUUGACAUUGUCUGUGACUUUUCUGUUGAACAGAAUACUUGGACUACCAACCAGAAGUGUGUUGUCUGAUCAGACUUAAAAUUAAGUAUUGAUGUGAAAUAAAGUAUUUUAAUAGUA